GACGGAAUAACGCUAUCCAAAGUUAUUGUGUUGUCAAGAACACAUGUACACAAAAUGGCUUAAACUUUCAACAAUGCAAUCGAUUGGAAGAAAAAGCAUUACAAAAAAAGUUGGAUCACAUGAAAACAAUGCACCGACAGGCUGACUUUAAUUUUGGACUUGAAAGUAAGGGGAUUACCAAAAGACUAAGAGACAACCUUGAACGUUCAGCUCAAGCUGACGCAAGCAUCAAAAAAAUUAAAUGUUCAAUGCCGAACUGUACUACAAAGUACCACAAGGGUCGUAACUUCGCAAAGACAUUAAUGAAAGUCUGGAGCGAUGAAGAUGCGGGGAAUACAACUGCGAUGUCUGAAGAAGUUACGAUUCCUGCUUGUAUAAAUCUUUUGCGAUCAGCAGGUUUUGAGAUCGACAAAAGUUUAUCUCGUAAGUUGGACGAGAUGCGAAAAGCGCAGUUACAAAUACAGAAAAUGAGAAAUGCAAGAAAAUCUAGGGACGGCCAACGCUUUAACGCUCGAUCGAAAUCUUUACCAAGAUUUAACAAUGGGAGGCUGACAAGUUGUGGAAAUGAAACACAGUGGGACUAUAUAAAUCCAUUCGAAUCUCAAUCAACUCAUUUCCCACUGAUUCAAAAUGGCGAGAGGGAGGAUUUGUUGUCUUCUUCGUCGUCAACGUCAUCUUGCGACAUUCUAAAGAACGGGCAUCGACGACUACGGUCGGACACGCAGCCAGGAAAACUCAACCGAAGUAAACGCCCAUACUCUGCUCCGGAUUUGGAAACAAAAGUAAGUUCAGUAGUACAGAAAUGUACUAUAGAACCUCAUAUUAUUGAAGAUGAAAUUAUGGAAACGCAAGAGACUAUAGUCGAAGACUGCUCAAACGAUAACGCUGUUCCUAAACCAUUUACAAGAACUGCAUCCGCUAGUUCGUUCAGAAGCGACGAUGUAAGAGCGUAUGGCGAAGAAGUCUCUUACAAUCAAUGUCCGUUGCAGCGAUUGCACAAAAAGAUUCAUACAAACCCAGAAGAUGUAAAUUUAUUAGAUCUGCACCGAGCCACAAUCGCAUCGAGAAAUUAUCCGCGACGGAUGAAAACGUUUAUAAGAGGAAUUCAUGAGUGGCAAAUUCCAGAAGACGAUAAAGUAGAUGGGCUAACGGGAGACUAUUACUCAUUUCGUAUACAAAAGAAAACAGGAUCUUGUACAUCGCAAGGUGAAGGAAGGCGGGCAACAUCUGCCAGAUCAUAUAAAAGCCGGUAUUCGACAGAUGAGUUCAACGGUGUCAAACUGUGCAAAGAUACCGAAGAGGAAUAUUAUGAAAAAGCGUUGAAAACUUCCACGACAGACUUGAGGCACAAAAGUAUGACGAUAAAACCGCUCAGUACUGUUUGGGGUUCGAGCGAAUAUAUAGAAUGCAUAUUGUGAAUCUGUACGGCUCUGGACUGACUUUAUUAAUGUUCACAUUCUAGAUGAAAUUUAACAUAUUUGCACGGUAGAUUUGCGUACAAACAAAGCAAAAAAUUCAAGUAUUUCAUUCAUAAAAUUUCAAAAACUCUUGAUUGUUUUUUGAGUUCGGGGAUGAAGAACGGUUCCAAAAGGUGUUUGUCUUUUUUGUCAUGGUUGUUUUUAACGUGGUAUGCAAAUAGCCAAAUACAGCCAAAAAUAUGCAUAUAUAUACGUCAUUGUCGUAUGCAUAUACAGGCAAUUAUAUAUCAUAUGACGUAUGCAUCCAUCCAAGUAAUGUACAUACAUAGCAUGUUAUGACAGGGUAUUGAAUAUAAUCUUAAUCUAAACACAACAGCAUGCAGCAUAAUUAGAUUGUGUCGCUGAUUUACAGCCAAACUUAAUCCGACCACUAAUACUUUAAUUACAACAUGAAGAAUAAUAUUGUACUAAUGACGUGAUAUAAUAAACAAAGAAGUCCAAAAAGUAGCACACUGCAACAGGAAUAACUAGUCGUAAUUCUCAAAACAUUCUUCCCUUCUAUAUUAAAAACUAUAGCAUUUUGGAGGUACGCCAAUGUUAGUUCAAGUUGAAUGUCGUCGUUCAUUAUAAGCAUUGUCAUUUCUGUCAGAACUGCAAGGAAUUUCGUUCUUGAACUCUUUAUUUGGGUUAAAGUCGCAUGCAUCCUUUGAUGGCGACGUGUUAGGGCUUGUUUCGAUAUCGGACGGAGGACAGGUCUCUCCGUCCACCAGAAAAACAACUCGAGCAUAAUUGGUAUUUUUAUUUUUCAGCGUUUUAGUGAUAAUUUGGUUGUUUUGGUAAGAUUUU